UUGGUGAUGGAUGGGGGUGAUAAGGGAUGCCAGGAAUGGAGGUAGGGGAAGGAUGGAUGGAUGGAUGGAUGGAUGGAUGGAUGGAUGGAUGGAUGGAUGGACAAAUGGACACAAGCUCAUUUUGACCAAAGCCUUUCCUCAAGAGCCCUACGGAUGCCGAUCUCCCUUCGGUUUCUUCUUCCUUUGGAUUUUGGGAGUUCCUGACCCGCUCAUCGCAACCCCUGUGGCUCCACAUCCCCGCCUGGCUCCCUCACAGGUGAAAGUCUCCUCCUCCACCCCAAACAAGGCGAUAUUUCUUUGUGGGGUCAACUGGGUUGAAAAACCAUUUUCAAAACCCCCCAAAGCCGCCGCUGAGCUCCAUGGCUGGGGCUCCCUUGGCACCGAGAACGUCCCUGACAUCCGGGCGGCAGCCGGAGCAUCUGUGCCGGAGGGCUCGGGGUGGCGGUGGGGAGGGAGAGAGGAAAUCUGGAACCCAUAAGCUCCAGAGCCGCCGGCGUUCCCCUGCAUUGGUCUGCGCCUGGUCCGCCCCCGCCCCGCUCGCCCUAUCAGCAGGAGCCGUUCCCGAAGUCAUCCCAGCGCCCUCCUCUCCUGGCCCAAAGGAGAAGCCAAGGAGCUCCUCGGAGGGCUCUGCGGGGCUUGGGGCGCCCGGGGAGCCCCGAGGGCGAACGCUCCGGGCCGCGCCUCGGGAGCCCAGGGAGCCGAGGAGAUGAAGGAGGAAAACCUUUCCCCGGAGUCCCCCGAGGGCAGCGCGGCCACCAGCGAGGACGAGGCCGAGCGGCCUCCCAGGAAAAGCGGCCGCAAGCGCGGGCAGGGCCCCGGCGGAGCCCCCUCGCCGCAGGGCAAGCGCGGCCGGCGCAGUCCGGCCCCGCAGCCCCCCGAGGACGCCCACGCCCAGCGCGUCAUCGCCAACGUGCGGGAGCGCCAGCGCACCCAGUCCCUCAACGACGCCUUCGCCGAGCUGCGCAAGAUCAUCCCCACGCUGCCCUCGGACAAGCUCAGCAAGAUCCAGACGCUCAAGUUGGCCGCUCGCUACAUCGACUUCCUGUGCCAGGUGCUGCAGAGCGACGAGCUGGACCACAAGGUCGCCACCAGCUGCAACUUCCUGGCCCACGAGAGGCUGAGCUACGCCUUCUCCGUGUGGAGGAUGGAGGGCGCCUGGUCCAUGUCGGCGUCCCACUGAGCCGGGUCUCCGCCUCGAUGGAAGCAGCUCCAGCACCCAAAACCCCACGGGAGCCUCCCUGGAGAGAGGAGGGAACGAGCCCCAGACCCCCGACAGCCCCAGGGACCCCAAAAACUUUAGGAACGAGCGCGAGGGAGCCGCAGCAGGAGCUGCUUUGGGCUGGUUCGGGGCUGUGAUUUAUUUUGGGCUCGCAGGUAAGGAACGGAUUGAUCCCAAUUCCCUCCUCCGGGACUGCCGGGAAGCCGAGCCCUUCCCCGAGCAGGAAAAUUCCUCCAGGAUGAGGGGAGAGGGACGGGCUGGAGCCCCCCAAGGAGCCCUCCCUGGACCUCGGGGGUCGCCCCCUCUGUCAUCCCGCUCCGAAGGCUCCAUGGGACGUUCCCGUGGAUGAGGAUCCGGGGGGAUUUGGGGGCUGCUGACCCCCCCCAGGCACCCCCAGCCACUCCUGCCCUGCAGAUGGAGCCUCAUGAACCCCUUGGUGGAACCUCCCAAUUCCUUGGGAUUUACUGGAAUCGAGGCUGGAGACGGAGCCGCCGGGAAUUUUGGGGAUUUUGGGGCCGUUUUGGGAACUCUGAGGGGGUUUGGGCUCUUUUGGGGGCGCAGAGAGGGCGGGGAAAGGAACAAUGGAGGUGUUGGGGUGACCAAAACGACCCCAAUAAAGCCCAGGGGGAAUUUUCCAGGGUUCAAUCCUUGUUUUUCCUAUGGAAACGGUGCUGCCGGGUCCCCCCUGCACCUCCCUCGGCUGGGCUGCUUUUAUUGGAAUCAGGCAAAAAAAAAAAUCAGGUUUUUUUGCCUGUAAUGGCAGAAAAAAGAGGGGGAAAAUCCCUUCCAGGGAGGCUGCACAGGCCUGAGCUCCCAAAUAUUCCAUGGGAGAGGAAUUUCUGUUGUGAUCCUCCACGGAGGAGCCACAGGAAGGCCCAGAGUGACUUUUUCUACCCAAUUCCCUAUUUUUACGUGCAGUGGGAGUGGAUUCCCUGCUCCGGGGAGUCGAUUGCAGCCUUCAAAGAACUCUGGAGGUGCUUAAAAAACUGAAAAUUCCAUUAAAAACUCCAUGUGGUGGCUUCGUUCAGUGCCUCACAGGAAGGAUUUUACAGCUGAGAAACAAAAUCGGCUUCAGAAGUUAAAACCUUCUUUCCAAAAAGAAUAAAUUGUGCUUGAAAAAUAAAGGGCAAAAACCUAUCUGUGGAGUGAGACUCCAGUUUCCAACCAAUUUUUUUUUUUUUUCAAAAGGUGAAAUAUAUUUUUCAAAAAUAUUUUCAAGUAUUUUGGUGCAUCUUGUUUGUUUAAAAAAUAAAUCCCUGCAUUUUAAACGAGCCAAAAAAUUUUAAAACGAGCCAAAACCCCUUAAAACGAGGAAAACAUCAUCCUAGUGACCCUUCUGACCCAUUUUUGGGGGGAGAAACCCACAAAAAAAUCUGUGAGUGGUGGAUUCCUCCCGGUAAAUUCCAGCAGGAUGGAGCUUGGGAAGUCCCUCCAUCCCCCCCCACCCCGAGACCCCCACCCAGAGACCCCCACUCUGAACCACACCAAGGGGUUUGAUUCCUUUUUUUUUUUUCUUUUAAAACUUCAUUUUUGUUUUUGUUUUGUUUUGUUUUU